UCUCUCAUAACACAACUUGUGGUUCACACACAUCCAACCAAGGUCUCCUUCUCCAACUCUUCAAAUAAUUCAAUUCCAAACUACUUUUCAUGCACUAAAUAGCUAGCACUCCUUGCUUCUUCAUCACAAUUUCAAAUUCAAAUUAUCUUUCAUUCACUUGAGAGUGUGUUGGGGAGAGGAUUGAUGCUUGCGGUGUCACCUUUGAGGACCAACAGAGAUGAUGAAAUCCAAGGACAGGACAUGGAGACCUUAUCCAUCAUUGGAGAAGACGACUUUGCUGAAUUAUCCGAGGGCAACUUGUUGGAAAGCAUCAACUUCGACGAUCUCUUCGCCGGCAUCAACCACGCAGAUGUCUUGCCGGAUCUCGAAAUGGAUCCUGACAUCUUCGCCGACUUCUCACUCAGCGGUGCCGCUCACAAUUCUUCAUCCGUAGUCUUGAAUGGUUGUGGUAAAUCGGUUUCUUCGGAAUCCCGGUCGAGUAGUCGAGGGGAGGAGAUAGUGAGCAAAAGAGAUGGAUCCGUCGUAGUGAAUCCAUCCCCUAGUAAUAAAGAAGGUGAUAAUAAAGGAAGAAAAUCAUCCUCCUCCUCAUCAUGUCAAUCAAAGAAUCCUCAUCAAACCAAGAAAAAGGUUAAGAAGGUGGAUUGGACCCCAGAAUUGCACAGGCGAUUUGUUCAAGCAGUGGAGCAGCUGGGAGUUGAUAAAGCAGUCCCUUCAAGGAUUCUAGAGAUCAUGGGAAUUGACUGCCUCACCCGCCAUAACAUCGCUAGCCACCUUCAGAAAUAUCGAUCACAUAGGAAGCAUAUACUAGCUCGGGAGGCUGAAGCAGCAAGUUGGAGUCAACGGAGGCAGAUGUAUGGUGGAGGGAGAGGGAAGAGAGAGGUGAGCCCUUGGGUUGCACCAACCAUUGGUUUUCCUCCCACUCCAAUUACACCAAUGCCGCCCCAGUUUAGACCCUUACAUGUGUGGGGUCAUCCCACCAUGCACAUGUGGCCGCCUAAACCUCAUCAGCCACCGCCUCCUGCACCUUGGCCUUCCGACCCUUCUUUUUGGCACCACCCUCACCACCAAAGGGCUCAUCAAAAGGCAGUACCCACAGGAACACCGUGUUUUCCACAACCUCUGACAACAACGAGAUUUGGUUCUCCGCCAACCACCACCGUGGCGGGUAUCCCACCACCACCGCGUGCCAUCUAUAAAGUAGAUCCCGGCAUGCCCAAGCCCCUAGUUGACUUCCAUCCGUCAAAGGAAAGCGUAGAUGCUGCGAUUGGUGAUGUAUUAUCAAAACCAUGGCUGCCACUGCCACUUGGGCUUAAAGCUCCAGCGGUAGAGUGUGUGGUGGGUGAGUUACAGAGACAAGGAAUUCCAAAAAUUCCACCCGCAACUCCUGUGCUUAAUUAAUCUUUCAAGGAGAGGGCUCUAUUUUUUUGCCCCUUUGAUUUAUGCUAAACCCUAAUUCGACGACUUCUCAGCUUUUUUUGCUUGUUUAGUAGGAGAGUAAAUGACAAAUAAAUUUUUAAAAAUUUAUACUUUGAAUAUAUUAGUCUCUAAAAAAAUAUCAAUAAAAUUUUUUAGUAUAGUAAAUGUGGAUAUACUACUUUUAAAUUAGUCCUUAUAAUUAUGAUAGAAGGUCUUAAUUUAAACUAAUUUGUCCACAUCUGUUAUUCUAAAAAAUUUUAUUAGUACUUUUGUUUUUAGAGAUUAAUCUAUCCAAAAUAUAAAUUUUUAAGAGUUUAUUUAUCGUUAUACUUUUAACAAAAAGAGUGGACUACCAUUACUUGUUUGCCAUCACUACUAUUCACUACUCAUCAUUCUGUGUAUCCAUGACCCUGUGGAUUAUCAUAUACAAACCCUAGCUGUGAGUUUUGUAUUACUUAUUAAAUCUCAUGAUAUGAGUUGAUCCUAAGCUAGCUAUUCAGUUAUGCAAAAGAGUGAUCAA